UCCAGAUUCGUGGUGCCCUCGUAAAUAGUUCCGUCCUCGUCUUUCGUGAGACGUAUUUUAUUUUCAAAUGUCUCUCUUUGUAUUUGGUCGUACCUGUCUAGACUAUUAAUCUCGUCGGUGGAAAGAGUCGGCGAUAAUUUAUUGAAUAUCGCUGCUCGAUGUUAACCGUUUAGCAACGUUAGCUGCUAACUUUAGCAGCAGAUCAACUACGUUGUGAUGGAUGACUGUAGCUCACCGGUCUGUUGGUAGGACGAGGCAGAACUAACCGGCUGCUGUUUACAUGCCAGUGCGUCACUGCGUCAAUCCAGUAAUCAUGUCUAACCAGUUGACCUCGGAGCAGCAACGUAAGAUAGAGGAGAACAGACGAAAGGCCCUGGAGAGAAGAGCCCAGAGACUGGGACUGAACCCCGCGAGCUCAGGCGGUGCUUCCUCACAAGCGCCUCUAAAGCGAAGCCUUCCAAGUCCUGCCCCAGUUUCUCACCACCAACAACCUCCAGGUGCAGCCCCUGCGCUGAAACGAUUUGCCCCAGCUUUAAUAAAGGACUCUCUUGGCUCCAGUGGCUGUGUAAACAUUGAGAACAAGGUGAUCAAUUCACACGAAGACAAAUCAUCUUCUAAACAGAUUCAACUCCUCAGCCCUCUUCCUCAGACGAAUAAAAGCAGCUUCAGUGUGAAUCCAGCUCAGCCCAAACCUAAACCUGAGUCUAAUCACACAAGUGGUGCCGUCUCCUCUUUCUACAAGCCGCCGGACAAACUUCACAAUCCCGCCACGCCGCACCCAUCACACCCCAACGCUGCUAAGAAGACCGUCAUUUCAGUCAGAGGGAAAUGUGUGCCUCAUUCAGACGACCGCUUCAGAGUGGAGGUCCGCUACCAGCCGGAGCUCAUUGCUGUGUUUAAGUCCAUACCUUCCAAGAAUUAUGAUCCGACGACAAAGAUGUGGAACUUUAAUCUGAUGGACUAUCGGCUGCUAAUGGAAGAGGCAGCUUCUAUCCCCACUGUAUCGCUGGCGCCGCUGCCAGGUAUGGAGGCAGUGAAUGUGACCGCAGCAACCAGUCGAGCACAAGAUGGAGCAGCACUUGCCGCUCUUCUGAAGUUGUGUAACGGCUGGCAGAAACCUGGAGCCUCUCUGCAGGGCCAGUGCAUCCUGGUCACGGCAAACAAGUUUGAGGUGGAUAUAGGCUAUCAUGCUGAUGUCAUUGCAGCAUUCAAGCAAAUGCCAACCAAGAAUUACGACACUGUUACAAGAAAAUGGAGCUUUUCGCUUGAGGAUUACAGGCGACUGAUGGAGAUGCUCGGUGGGAUAGCAGCAGUGGAGGUGGAGCCUCUUCCCAGGGCAGUAAUCCAGACUUUUUCUGCCAGGUUUGACGGGCAGCAGGCCAGCUCCGUCAACAUUCCUGAAGCAGAUCUUUCUGCUGUCGACCCUUCUAUUGCCAGCAGCCUCAUGCCCUUUCAGAAGGAGGGGGUCAAUUUUGCUGUGUCUAAACAGGGCCGCCUGCUGCUGGCUGAUGACAUGGGCUUGGGCAAGACGGUUCAGGCCAUUUGUAUGGCAGCAUACUACAGGAGUGAGUGGCCCCUGCUCGUGGUUGCACCCUCCUCUGUGCGCUUCACUUGGGCUGAGGCGUUCAGGCGCUGGCUCCCCUCGCUGAGUCCCGACACCAUCAACGUGGUGGUGAAGGCCAAAGACGAGCUGCGCGCCGGGUUGGUUAACAUCAUCAGCUACGACCUGCUGAGCCGUAUGGACAAGCAGAAGCCGGGGAGUCCCUUCAACGUUCUCAUCAUGGAUGAGUCCCACUUUCUGAAGAACAUGAAGACGGCUCGGUGUAAAGCUGCUCUGCCUCUCCUGCAGGCAGCCAAGAGGGUCAUUCUCCUCUCCGGGACCCCUGCCAUGUCCCGACCCGCUGAGCUCUACGCUCAGAUUCUGGCCGUCAAACCCACACUGUUUCCACGCUUUCAUGAGUUUGGGGUUCGUUACUGUGAUGCCAGACAGAUGACAUGGGGCUGGGAUUAUUCCGGCUCCUCCAAUCUGGGCGAGUUGAAGUUGUUGCUCUCCGAGUGUCUGAUGUUGAGGCGACUCAAGUCUGAAGUUCUCUCGCAACUUCCCGCCAAGCAGCGCAAAGUCGUCACAGUCACCAUCGAUGGGGUCAGCAACCGCAUCAAAGCUGCGCUGUCAGCCGCUGCCCGGGAACUGGCCAAAGAACAUCACAAUAAAAUGGAAGAGAAGGCCGCGCUCCUCCUCUUCUAUAACCACACAGCCGAUGCCAAGCUGCAAGCCAUCAUGGAGUAUAUCAGUGACAUGCUGGAGUGUGGGCGCGAGAAGUUUUUGGUGUUUGCCCAUCACAAGUUGGUCCUGGAUCAUGUCACAUCUGAGCUGGUGAAAAAGAACGUCGACCACAUCCGUAUUGACGGCACGACUCCUUCUGCCGAGCGGCAGCGACUCUGCGACAAGUUUCAGUUGUCCACGUCCACCUGUGUGGCGGUGCUGUCCAUCACCGCGGCGAACAUGGGCCUCACCCUGCACUCGGCUGACCUGGUCAUUUUUGGAGAGCUCUUCUGGAACCCGGGGGUUCUGAUCCAGGCUGAGGACCGAGUGCAUCGCAUCGGUCAGACCAAUAACGUGAACAUCCACUACCUGGUUGCCAAAGGAACUGCAGAUGAUCACCUGUGGCCCAUGAUCCAGGAAAAGAUGAACGUGUUGCAGCAGGUUGGUUUGUCUGAAUCCAACCUCUCAGUCAACGCAGUGAACUCCAGCUUCCACUCGAAGGAUCGGAACCAGCUGAGUAUAAAAGAGAUGUUCCAAAGGUCCUUCAGCACGGACGACAUCACAGACGAAGACCUCCUGAUCGAAGCGGACGGCAGCUGGGAUGACACGCCCCCUGAAAGCUACGCUCGCCAACACCGUGUCAUGGCCGACAAGUCGCUUCAGAAGGAGCAGCAGAGAUGACUCAAGAUCAAAAAACCUCCACCCUGAUUUUAUAUGAAUAUUUUAAUAAAU